AUGUUCAAGUCAGCCACUGCCUGCGUCCAAUGCGAGUCUGAGAAGCCAGACGAUGGUCGAUUGCUCAAGUGUCUCCACGUUCUCUGCGAAGGGUGUCUGAGAGAUGGCGUGCACCCUGACACCGCCAGCGUACAUUGUGUCCUUUGUGGCGACGAUACUGAGCUAGCCAAUAGCCGAGUUACUUCGCGUCAACCCCUUUGGCAGGCCUUACCACCAUCCGCUGGUGUAUUAUACUCGGGGGCGAACUCAGUGGAGGAGACACAGGACGAUGAACCCGUCACGUGCUCUAUUCACGAUAACCAGAUUAUGUCGCUGUAUUGCAAUUCUUGCUCAAGUCCACUAUGCGGAUUGUGUGCUACCACACACCUUGUUGAGAAACACGAUGUUACAGCGAUUUCAGAAACAUUACGGGAACAGCGGAAAGACAUUCGAGACACUGUGGACAAGUUGACUGCAUUGCCUGGUUUGUCUGAUGUUGGUCUACUGGAGCAGCGAUUGGAUGAUCUGAGCAGUGCCGUUGAAGCCGUGAACAAGCAAGCGGAGAAGGCAUCACAGAAUGUAGCUGCAUUCUAUGACGAAUUGGCUAAAGUCCUGGAGAAAAAAAAGCAACAGGACAUUGACACUAUUGACCAACACCGCUGGACGAAUAUCAACGUUUUGGAAUCGGAGCAAAGGCGUGUGCAUGACAAACUGCUUCGUAUGAGGACACUCAAGACGAUUACUGAGCGCUUUGGCGAGAGCAAUGCAUCAUCCGCAGAUUCCUCACCCAUGCUAACAGUGAUGGGUUCGCAUGUCCUGUCCCUGCAUGGUAGCGUCAUCAUGGCUGCACGUGAUAUGAAACCUGAAGAUCUGAACACCCCUGUGGCACACAUAACGGGUAAGCUGGGUGUCAGUAUCCCUGAGGAUGCAGUGGAAACCAUUCAAAUGUGUGUCGAGUCUCAAGCAAAGGUCUUCACUACAAAAGUGAACAUCCACAAUGUCACCGUGCAUCAGACGUGGGUCGAUGAACCCAGUCGUUAUCCAACCUUCUUUUUCGAGUUUGCUCUGGAGGGAUUUGAUGGACAGCCAUUGCCAUCCAAAUAUGUGGAAAGCAAUUUCCACGCUUCUCUUAAAGAUGUCUUCGGUUUCGUAGAAAAAUUGCAGUUGACUCCCAGCAAGGCAGGAAAGGUCGGUGUGUGGGAAAGUCAGGAGCUCCCAUUGCAUUAUGGCCUCAUGUACAUUCUAUGUUGGUCAUCACCUGAAGGCAACAUGUCCAGAAUAUCCCAUCCUAGAAUCAAAAUGCCAAAAUUCAACAAUACUCACUGUUCGCCAUCGCUUCGCAUGUCGAGGAAUAGCUGCUCAGUACACGCUACACAAUCACAACCAUCCACAGCCUUCUGUGACUUGUCCUUCAAUGGAGGUAUACAUCUCUCAGUCUGGAAGUUCCUCCUGAACUGGGAGGAUCGCCUUGAUCUUCUAGUGGGCGUCGCUACCCUCUCAGAACAACGGGGGCAAGCAGGAGGAUCUGUGCAGAUAUGGGAGCAUUUCCAUGGCGUGUGGUUAUGCAAUGGGAGUGAUCAAGCUCGACACAAUGACCUAUUUCCCAGUAUCACGCUAGUGAAACGGAAGCAGAAGGUUCAAGUGUAUGUCACGCUGGACCUGGUCUGGAAGAGGCUCAGUGUGCUCGCCUUUUACCCAGGCUAUCCGCUUGGAGUCGUCAGCCUGCCUACUGCAUGGGUGGAUGGAUCAAAAGAGUGGCAUCCAUUUUUCUGUCUCAGCAACGCCGGUGAGUCUGUUGAAUUGGCCGGGGAUGAGUAG